AUGCCCUUCUUCAACCGUAAUCGCCCGUCGGUUUCCGACGACAACGCCACCACAAGCACUGCGCCCGUCACGCACAAUGGCCACACGGAUCACUCCACCAGGAAGCACACUUGGCCCACCGAUGGCUCGCUGAACAAGCGGCCUCGGUUCGGCCAGUGGCUGAAGGCAACAUGGCCCGACAUCCUCACCAUGAUCUGCCUGGGCGCCAUCGGCCUCGGAGUCUACGAAGCCAAGCCCGCGCCCUCGCGCUCGUUCCCCGUCUACUUCGAGAACGGCGAGAUCGUGUACCCGGAAUUCGCCUACCCGAUGCGCAACGAGAUCAUCCCCAUCUGGGCCGCCGCCCUGCUCGCCGUCCUGGUCCCCAUCGCCGUCUUCUUGAUCGUGCAGAUCCGCACCCGCAGCUUCUGGGACGUCAACAACGCCACCAUCGGCCUGCUCUAUUCCAUCAUCACUGCCGCCGUCUUCCAAGUGUUCCUCAAAUGGCUAAUCGGCGGACUACGACCACACUUCCUCGCCGUCUGCAAGCCCGCCGUCCCCCUCAACGGCGUCAACUCAGGCAACGGCCUGCGCGGCAUAAUGUACGACCGCAGCAUCUGCACGGGCGACGAGAAAGAAAUCAACGACAGCCUCGAGUCCUUCCCGUCGGGCCACACGACGGCCGCCUUCGCCGGCUUCGUCUACCUGUCGCUCUACCUGAACGCCAAGCUCAAGGUCGCCGCCAACUACCACCCGGCCCUCUGGAAGCUCGUCGCCGUCAUGGCGCCCCUGCUCGGCGCCACCCUCAUCGGCGGCGCCCUCACCAUCGACGAGUUCCACAACUGGUACGACGUGCUCGCCGGCGCGAUCAUCGGGACGUUGAUGGCGUUUACGAGUUACCGCAUGGUAUACGCAUCCAUCUGGGACUUCCGCUUCAACCACAUCCCGCUGCGCCGCGACGUGCCCUUCACCUACGGCGCAGGGCCCGCCGCAGAGCUCUUCGCCGGCUUCCACGACACGCUGUGGACGCGCCAGGCCGGCUGGGGCGCACCGGAGGCGUGGUCCAGCUACGGCGGCGCGCCGUUUGACGCCAGCGCCGCGGGUGGUUUCGCCGGGCCCGGUGGAGCUGGGGGUGUUAUGGCUGGUCCUUCUUCGGCGACGGCGACUGGUCACCAUCAUCGUAUUGGUAGUGGUAGUGGUGGACAUGGGCAUGGAGGGUAUCCUAGUGGUAGCACGGCCACGAGGCAUAGUGUUGAGAGGAGGCCGGUGCCGCCGUCAAAGGACCACAGGGCGGCGCCUGAGCACAUGGUUUAG